UGCAGGGUUCCAAUAAUUUAUUUUUUAUUGUGGUAUUGGAAUCAAUAUGGCGCAUGUUGAUAUGACAAAUUGACAGCUGUGUUUUGUCCCGUACGUUAGCUGUGAUGUUUAUUUUACAUCUCCAGGCAGAUAACAACAAUAUAUAACCAUGACGAGGCCGUUCGGUAAUAACGACAAGCGUUUUUCAAUCGACGAUGCAUUUGAAGAAGAAACCGAUGAAGCCAUUAAAGUUUACGGUGCUACAGGAGACAGAUCGCCUUUACAGAACAAAUACAAGAAUGGAAAUGAAUAUUUGGCCAGCACCAAAACCUACAAAUGCACAGAGGACACGACGUCGAGAGAUUCGGACUCCCUGAUUCACGAGUAUGUGGAGGCAACGCAGUCCAUGUACUGCUGGAAUCAUCCGAAGGUCCGGGAGAACUGGAAGACGGUGUGUGCAGCCGUUGUGCUGCUACUAGUCGGAGUGGGGCUGCUCGGCAUGGGAGCCUUCGCAGUCGCCGAGCCGGAGAACGGCCUCCAAGGUGCAGUAUUCUUUGUAGCCGGCAUGAUCUGCUUCGUGCCCGGCGCCUACCACGUCGUGUACAUCUGGCUCGCCGCCCGGGGACAGAGAGGCUACGACUUCUACCACCUCCCGUUGUUUACCUGAUUUAUUUUACCUUUUAAGUUUGUGUAAGCUUGUAAAAUGAGUGUAAAUUAUACGAGGAGUCGGAAUAUCAUGUCUGGAGAUGUUUGUUUUGCGGUUUGUUUUGUUUUGCUCUCUAAAGAAGUUAAAUCGAUCCGAUGUAGGUAUUGUAGAUAAAUGAACAAAAAAACAGUAAUAAGGGUA